UUAAAAACACUACUUUGAACAUUUGCAUGGCAGAUUGCUUUGGAAAAAUCAGCGUUGUAUUUUUAUAUCACAUUGACUAUUUGAAUCUAAAAUGGAUAUAAUUGACAACGAUAUCAGGCAGUGGGAUGCGAAUGAUGUGAAGGAGCAUUUCGGCGAUAGUUUAACUUUAUUACCAUCCAACGACAAUAUCAAGGAAUUACAAACCAUUUUGCGUGACAAAAAUACCACAAGAAGUGAUUUUAAAUUCUAUGCCGAUCGUUUGAUACGUCUAGUCAUUGAGGAAAGUCUGAACAAGCUCCCAUUUACUGACUGUGAGGUGAUCACACCAACAGGAGCUCUGUAUAAAGGUUUGAAGUAUGGGUCUGGAAACUGUGGGGUGUCUAUUGUGCGCUCAGGAGAAGCUAUGGAGCAGGGUCUCCGUGACUGCUGUCGCUCAAUUCGUAUUGGCAAGAUCCUGGUAGAGAGUGACAAUGACACACAUGAAGCCCAUGUAGUGUAUGCAAAAUUCCCUGAAGAUAUUGCCAGGAGACAAGUUCUACUCAUGUAUCCCAUUAUGUCAACCGGCAACACUGUUAAACAGGCGGUGAAUGUGCUCACGCAGCACGGUGUGAAGGAGGAACGCAUCAUACUCUCAAAUCUAUUCUGCACCCCCGCGGCCGCACAGGCAGUGGUCGACUAUGUACCAAAGAUGAAGAUUCUCACCUCCGAACUACACCCCGUUGCUCCGAACCAUUUUGGACAGAAGUAUUUUGGGACUGACUGAUGCGAGGAUGAGGAGGCGUAAACUAUUUAAAAUUUUAACCAUAGUGCAUGCAUUUCUAUCGUCUUUAAAAAGUUUUUUAACUGAUACUAUUGCCGGAAAACCAGAUUGUAACGGAUUGGUCUAUUACAUGUUACAGUAACUAAUCAUCUUGAAAAUAACUUUAUUUUCAGUAUUUAGCAUAUCUAGUUGGCUUUCUGCUGGUUAAAUAUUUAAACAAAGUCAAAUCAGCAUCGCUAUUCUUGCAACUUUUAAUAAAGCCUGUCGCUAAAUAGGAUGUUUAAUGUUAAAUGCUGUGGUGUGCAGACAUCGCAACCCAUUUUUUAUAGCAACAAGACUUGUUGUGAUCUCGUUUUUGUAUUUAUUUUUUCAUUUUUUAUUAACAUGUUGUUCAAUACAUAUUUUAUACUAGCAGUCUGCCCCUGCUUCGCCCGUGGUAUAUAUAUAGGCUAUAGCCUUCCUCAAUAAAUGGGCUAU